CCGUCGGCGCUGUUACAUCCCCGUCCCCCGAGCUCCGGAGGAUCCUCCGCAGCUCAGGACUCGGCGGGAUGCUGAUGCAGGGCGGGUAUGCAGUCUCUCAGCUUCAGCUACCUCGGAGCUACAUUUAUCUCCACAACGCGUGCAACAUCACUGCACAGCGAUGCAACGCCGAGACGCAACGACUGUGAAGGUGCCCGACCACGCUGAACACGCUAGAUCGCUGAUGCAGCAGACCAGGAUGUAAUUAAAACCUCCCUGGUCGACUGAAAAGCUCCAUGCUGUUGGAAACUUUGUCCCAGUAGACUUGGACAAGUUUGGAAACCCGAUAGGAGACGGCAGUGUGAGCAGCUGAUUCGCCUGGGCUAAAAAUACCCCGCGUCCGAUACACCGACUCCGCUAGUCUGCACUCGCUAAAAAUCCCAAAGAAAUUAUGGAAUACUGUCCAAAGGUACACAAGGACCAAUCAGUCGCCUUGGCUCUCUCCUUCUGUGGUGACGACAGGAAUGAUUCCUACAGCGUGGACAACGGGGUCCUAAACAACGCCUGUUUUGUGGACGCUUUGAACCUGGUCCCGCAUGUCUUCCUCCUCUUCAUCACCUUCCCUAUUCUCUUUAUCGGUUGGGGCACCCAGAGCUCCAAGGUACAAAUCCAUCACAAUACAUGGUUGCACUUUCCCGGACACAACAUUCGAUGGGUUCUGACGUUCACCCUGCUGUUCGUGCAUGUGUGCGAGAUCGCCGAGGGAGUCGUCUCAAACGGGCACAUGACCACGAACCACCUCCAUCUCUUCAUGCCCGCGUUCAUAGGCUUCAUAGCCGCCACCACGUCAGUGAUUUACUACCACAACAUUGAAACCUCGAACUUCCCCAAAUUACUUCUAGCACUCUUCAUUUACUGGGUGCUGGCCUUCAUCACCAAGUCCAUCAAGCUGUGGAAGUACGCCGAGUACGAGCUGGGCAUCCAGCAUCUGAGGUUCUGCAUCACAGCGCUGCUGGUCAUUCUGUAUGGGCUGCUGAUGGGCGUGGAGAUCAACGUCAUCCGAGUGAGGAAGUACGUCUUCUUUACCAACCCCCAGAAGGUCAAGCCCCCCGAGGACCUGCAGGACCUGGGGGUGCGUUUUCUGCAGCCCUUUGUCAACCUCCUGUCCAAAGCCACCUACUGGUGGAUGAAUCCUCUCAUCAUUGGUGCCCACAAGAGACCUAUUGAGCUGAAAAAGAUUGGCAAGCUGCCUAUCGCCAUGCGAGCUCUGACCAACUACCUAAGUCUGAAGGACGCCUAUGAGGAGCAGAGGCAGAAUUCCGAUGAUCCCGAGAAGGCCCCCUCCAUCUGGAGGUCCAUAUACCGAGCCUUCGGCAGGGCCAUCCUGCUUAGCAGCACCUUCCGCUACCUGGCUGACCUGCUGGGCUUCGCCGGCCCGCUGUGCAUUCUGGGUAUCGUCAAGGGCCUGAAGAAUGAAACCGCGACCUUGGAUGCGGAUAAAGGUUGCUUUUUCGGGGUGUACUUCCUGUCGACCAGCGAGCUGCUUCAGAAGACGACGGUCCUCGCCGUGCUACUGUUCUUGGCCCUGAUCCUGCAGAGGACCUUCCUGCAGGCCUCGUAUUACGUCACUAUCGAGACGGGCAUCAACCUUCGGGGGGCGCUUCUGGCCAUGAUCUAUAACAAGAUCCUGCGCUUGUCUACAUCCAACAUGUCCAUGGGAGAGAUGACCCUGGGCCAGAUCAACAACCUGGUUGCUAUAGAGACCAACCAGCUGAUGUGGUUCCUGUUCCUGUGCCCCAACCUCUGGGCCAUGCCAGUGCAGAUCAUCAUGGGCGUGAUUCUGCUAUACCAGUUGCUGGGAUACAGUGCAUUAAUAGGCGCCUCAGUCAUCGUGCUGCUGGCUCCUGUGCAGUACUUCAUCGCAACCAAGCUGGCAGACACGCAGAAGAGCACGCUGGAUUAUUCCACAGACCGGCUGAAGAAGACCACGGAGAUCCUGAAGGGCAUUAAGCUGCUCAAGCUGUACGCUUGGGAGAACAUCUUCUGCGACAGCGUGGAGCACACCCGGAAGAAGGAGCUCACCAGCCUGAAGACCUUUGCCCUCUACACCUCCAUGUCCAUUUUCAUAAAUGCUGCCAUCCCUAUAGCGGCAGUACUCGCGACCUUCGUCACGCACGCUUAUACCAGCAGAGACGUGCUCAGCCCUUCCGUGGCCUUCGCCUCGCUGGCUCUCUUCCACAUUCUGGUCACCCCCCUUUUCCUUCUCUCCACCGUGGUCAGAUUCGCAGUCAAGGCCCUGGUCAGCGUGCAGAAGCUGGGCGAGUUCCUCCAGAGUGACGAGAUUGGUGAGGACAGCUGGAGAAACGGGGACAUGUCUGUCUCCCUGGAUUCCUGCAAGAAGCAUCCAGGAGGGACCAAAGCGGUGAACAGGAAGCAGCCACUCCGCUACCAGCUCGACAGUUACGAGCAGCCGGCGCGCAGGAAUCUGCGCCCGAGCGAGACGGAGGACGCCGCCGUCAAGGUGACCAACGGCUUUUUCACCUGGGGGGGCAACCUGUCGACGCUGUCAGACAUCAAUAUCUGCAUCCCUACAGGGCAACUGACCAUGAUCGUGGGCCAGGUGGGCUGUGGAAAGUCUUCACUCCUACUGGCCAUGCUUGGGGAGAUGCAGACUGUCAGAGGCGAAGUGUAUUGGAGCAACAAGAACAGAAACUCUGUGGCCUACGCAACCCAGAAGUCCUGGCUGCUCAAUGCCACCGUGGAGGAAAACAUAACGUUUGGAAGCCCUUUCAACAAGCAGAGAUAUAAGGCCGUCAUCGAUGCUUGCUGCCUCCAGCCGGAUAUAGACCUCUUGCCCUUUGGAGACCAGACUGAAAUUGGAGAAAGGGGGAUUAACCUAAGUGGAGGCCAGAGACAGAGGAUCUGCGUGGCUCGAGCACUCUACCAGAACACCAACAUCGUCUUCCUGGACGACCCCUUCUCCGCUCUGGACAUCCAUCUGAGCGACCACCUGAUGCAGGAGGGCAUUCUGAAGUUCCUGCAGGAAGACAGGAGGACCAUGGUGCUGGUGACCCACAAGCUGCAGUACCUGAUCCACGCAGACUGGAUCAUUGCUAUGAAGGAUGGCUCUGUGCUGAGAGAGGGAACCCUGAAGGACAUCCAGAACAAGGACGUGGAGCUCUAUGAGCACUGGAAGACUCUCAUGAACAGGCAGGACCAGGAGCUGGAGAAGGAUACUGAAGAGGACAACCAGACUGUCCUUGAAAGGAAGACUUUGAGAAGAGCUUUCUACUCUAGAGAAACUAAAGGCCAGAUAGAUGAUGAAGAUGAAGUACUCCCAGUCUCCGUUAACUUCUGGUCUUCGUUCACUCCCAGUCUUCAUUCACUCCUGGUCUUCGUUCACUCCCGGUCUUCAUUCACUCCCUGUCUUCAGUACUCCCAGUCUCCGUUAACUCCCAGUCUUCGUUCACUCCCAGUCUUCAUUCACUCCCGGCCUCCGUUCACUUCUGGUCUUCGUUCACUCCCAGUCUUCAUUCACUCCUGGUCUUCGUUCACUCCCGGUCUUCAUUCACUCCAGGUCACAAAUUACCUGAACUGGGUUGUGAGGAACUUGGCUGACUUGGAGGUCCAGAUGGCUGCAGUGAAGAAGGUCAACAGCUUCCUCAGCACUGAGUCGGAGAACUACGAAGGCUCCAUGGACACUGCCCAGGUGCCCGAGGACUGGCCCCAGCGCGGGGAGAUUAAGAUACAGAACCUCUGUGUGCGCUAUGACCCAUCACUGAAGCCCGUCCUCAAGCACGUCAACGCCUUCAUCAAGCCAGGACAAAAGGUGGGCAUCUGCGGACGCACCGGUAGUGGGAAAUCCUCCCUGUCUCUGGCCUUCUUCAACAUGGUGGACAUGUUUGAAGGGAAGAUCGUCAUCGACGGCAUUGAUAUUUGCAAGCUGCCGCUCCACACACUGCGCUCCCGGCUCUCCAUCAUCCUUCAGGACCCGAUUCUGUUCAGCGGAUCCAUCCGGUUUAACUUGGAUCCUGAGCGCAAAUGUACCGACGACCGUCUGUGGGAGGCGCUGGAGAUCGCCCAGCUGAAGAACAUGGUCAAGGCACUCCCUGGGGGCUUGGACGCUGUGGUGACAGAGGGAGGCGAGAACUUCAGUGUGGGCCAGCGGCAGCUCUUCUGCCUGGCCAGGGCCUUCGUCCGUAAGAGCAGCAUCCUCAUCAUGGAUGAGGCCACGGCCUCUAUCGACAUGGCAACGGAGAACAUCUUACAGAAGGUGGUGAUGACGGCCUUUUCUGACCGCACGGUGGUCACCAUCGCUCACCUGGUGGCCUCCAUCUUGGAGGCUGAGCAGGUGUUAGUGUUCUCCUCCGGGAUAUUAGUGGAGUGUGACAGUGCGGUCAGCCUGCUGGCUCAGGAGGACAGCCUCUUCAGCGUCUUACAUCGGGUCCACACCAUCCUGACGGCGGACCUGGUGAUCGUCAUGAAACGAGGCAACAUCCUGGAGUACGACAAGCCUGAGACCCUUCUGGAGGAUGAGGAUGGCCUGUUUGCGUCCUUCGUACGGGCCGACAUGUAAACCCCCUGUCUUCAAUACAGCGCUUAGCAGUCGGCCUGUCGGUUACCAGACGCAUCACGUGACCCUGACGGCCGCCGGCCCACUCUGGGAUUAUGUCACGGCGUAAAAUUCACACGAUAUUGUGGCUCACAAACAAGGAAGAUCGGGACACCUAAGCCGAAACCUCAAAUCCUCCCCGAGGAGUGACUGUUUGACUCUUAAAUGUUUUAUAUAAAUAUUAUUAUACAGAUUUAGAAUCUUUUCGUACUCAAAUUUUUGUUACUUUUGCCAAGUUGUAUACCGUGUUUUACUGUUACUCUGAAGAAAUAUGCAGCCGGUACAGAUGGUGUACAAAAGUUUAAUCCUGAAUUUGUACAAACACUGUCUUCCAUACCUACUGAACCUGGAGCGUCUGUCCAAAUAUGCACUGUCUGUCUAAAAUGUUUUACUGGCUGCUGUUUUAGUUAAACUGUUCACUGAGAAGGGAAUCUCAGUCUGAAUCGAAAUUCAGUAUGUUUAGGUUAGACACAAACCUUUAAUGUUUUAAAUUUCAAAACUCAAGCUUGUUUUUUUAAGGCAGAAAAUACAUGUAAUCAUACGCUUUUUGGUACUGUCUAGUGUACCUUUGCGGCCAUUUGCUACCAUGAAAUAGAAAUCCACCAUGCAAGUGAAAAAAUGCAGGAGUGCUGUUUUCUGUCACGUUUCUCAGAAACUCUGUUUUGCUUCCUACUUUAGACAGAGGCCAAUAUAACACUGUGUCGUCCCUGAAAACAUGCCUUGAGUCCUAGUAGGAUAAGUUACUGUAUAUAGUUGUAAUGCAUGACUGAAGGCAUUUGUGUCAUCAUGGAGUUUCCUCCGGGGACUCCGGUUCCCCCCCCCGCAGUCCCAAAACUUGCGGAGGUUAAUUGAAGCUACUAAAUUGUCCGUAGAUGUGUAUGUGUGAGUGAAUGGUGUGCGAGUGAAUGGUGUGUGAGAUGGGUUAGGGCCCCACCCAUAGAUUCCAGACCCCCCCACGAACGUCAAUAGGACAAGCGGGUACAGGGAUGGACGGACGGACGAACUGACUGAAGACAUGGUCUGGUCCAUUCCCAUAAAUAUAAGUACAUAAUAAAUUAAUAAACCAUGAAUCCUGAAAAUCCCUUUAGAUGCAAAUGAUUUUUGAGUCUUCAGGGAACUUUGCCCGUGCAUAUCAGAUAAAGACUGCAUUUGUAAAAAGUUGUUUCACUUUUCAUGCAGCCUAUAUUUUGCAGAGUGAUACAUGGUCUAAUACUGCAGCAGUUUCAGCCGUACUCUGUAUAAUCUCCCGAGAAAGCCAGCCGUCCUUCCUGUAAAUGUCUGACAUCUGUAGCCUUCUUCUGAAAUUAAUUUACAGUGAUGCUAAAUUACUUUACACUCUUUGUUCUUAAUCUGUAACUGUCACUGUCAUGACAUCUUAUUACUAGGUUUUUUUGCAUUGGACUUGCAUUGGAAAAUGCUCAACAGUUGAUGUCGUAAUUGUGAAAUAUUCUGCAUGUUGUCAUAAGUUCACGUUUUUAAACUUUGUCUUGAUUUAUAGCAGUUUUAAUAUUUCAAUCUGUCUUAACUGUACAUAUGUAAGUAUUUUUACAUUGAAAUGGCAUUUAAGAACAAUAUCCUGUGUGCCUCAUUUUUAAACACUUGAACUGCUAAUAAAAGCACUUUGGGAGUGAAA